AUUUGUGAAUGAUAUAAUAAUGACUGAUCUGACCUACCAAAACAAAACAAUCGUUUUUAAAAAUUGCAAAACACAUUGUUCUCACAUAUUUUAUAUUUGUUAAUUCACAGUGUACUGAUGUUUUAGUGAUAGUUUAAAAUAGCUUUUACAAGCAUAUUCCAUUAAAAUGUUAUUUUGUGAUUUACUUGUAUGAAAAUUAUACGUUUGAAUCUAAUUGAUCAUCAUAACCUAAUCGCAUGUUAUUUAUGAACAUUAGUAGCUGAUAUACAUUAAAUUUGAAUAUUGCGAGAUGCGGUAUGCACAACUGAUUGUGGGACCCGCAGGAAGUGGCAAGUCUACAUACUGUUCAACAAUAGUGAAGCAUGCUGUAGACUGCAAGCGUAUUGUGGAGGUAGUGAACUUGGACCCCGCAGCUGAACACUUUGACUAUGAGCCUCUGGUGGACAUCCGGGAGCUCAUUCACCUCGAUGAUGCCAUGGAAGAUGAGGAGUUACAGUUCGGACCGAAUGGAGGACUUGUAUUUUGUAUUGAAACUCUCUUAGAAAACUGUGAUUGGCUAGAGGAACAGCUCGGAGAUGUGGAUGAUGACUACCUGCUGUUCGACUGUCCUGGCCAGAUAGAACUGUACACCCACCUGCCUGUCAUGAAGAAGCUGGUAGACACACUGCAGAGGUGGAACUUCAGGAUAUGUGUGGUGUUUUUAGUGGACUCCCAGUUUAUGGUUGAUGGUGCUAAAUUUUUAUCAGGCACAAUGGCAGCCCUGAGUGUGAUGGUAAACUUAGAAUUACCGCAUGUGAAUAUUUUAACAAAGAUGGACCUACUCAGUAAGUCAGCCAGGAGUCAACUGGACAAUUAUUUAGACCCAGACCCACACAUCCUCUUGUCGGAUAUGAGAAAUGUGGACUCAAAAUGGCAUGAGAAGUAUGCUAAACUAACAGAGGCAAUAGGCGAGGUUAUAGACAAUUUCAGCUUGGUACGCUUCUACCCGCUCAACAUAAAGGACGAGGAGAGCAUAGAGAACAUACUGCUGACCAUAGACAAUAUUAUCCAAUAUGGCGAGGAUGCCGACGUUAAAAUUAGAGAUUUUGAAGAGGAAGACCCUGAUGACGAUCAUUAACAUUGUGUUAUAUUAAAAAACAAUAUUUUUAUUAUAUGUCUUUGUUUGUAAAUAUAUCCUUCCUACAGUGCAACCUCGAUAUA